UCUGGAGGUUGAAGUUGAUGGGUCAGAAUGGUUGGUGGUUUACAGAAGCUGAUAUUAUGCUGGCAGAGCAGUAGAGACUACAACCAUCUGACUACUGGAUCUAACCAACCGUUGAACCAUUAAAACAAGAUUUUGGAGAAAGAGUAGAACCUCUUAAUAAGAUCCCUGGAUGCCCGCCGGUGCCCUCGCCCUGGCCGCACAGGCAGACCCAAUGGCCAUCAGCUGACCCCACACCCCAGGAUGACGGUGAGAGAGCGGCUUCGGCAGAACAUCUCGGCCGCCUUUUACCGGCAUGGCCUGCUAUGUGCCUCGUAUCCGGUGCCCAUCAUCCUCUUCACCUCGGCCAGCAUCCUCACCUGCUGUUAUCCUUUGCUGAAGCUGCCACUGCCUGGAACGGGACCGGUGGAGUUCACCACUGGAGUACGAGAUUACUCUGUCCCAUCCCAUGAGCCUCAGGGUGACCUGUCGGAGUGUCCUGAUUGGUAUCAGGGUCCUCCGGUGGCAUACAUCCAGCAGGUGUUGGUCAAGGCAGCCGUUUCUCCAUGGGACAACAGCCUGGUACCCGUGGAUGUCUUCCGCUCUCCCCUUGGGCGUGUUUUCAGUCUUUUGGAAGAGAUUAGAGACCAUGUUUAUACCGACAGAAGUUUGGAGGCGCUGUGCUUGCAGGUGACAGACCUGUUGCCGGGGUUACGGCGCAUGCAGGCGGUCCUUCCAGAGCACGGCUGCCUGCUGGUAUCCCCUGGCAACUAUUGGCAGAAUCGGCGUGACUUGUUUGAUGCUGAUCCGGACCUCCUAAAGACCGUGCACCAGCACGAACCCAAAGGCCUUCACACGUCAGCCACUCUGAGAGACUUGCUCUUUGGCGUCCCAGGAAAGCAGACAGGUGUGAGUCUCUACGGCAAGAAGCGAGUGGUGACAUACACCAUCACCAUUGCACUAAGCACUUAUGAUGCAAGGUUUGUAGCCAGCCUCCGAGCUCGCCUAAAACAGCUUCAUCCUUCGGUGAACUGCAGCCUGCGUGAAGAUCAUAUGGUACACGUCCAUUUCAAAGAGGAAAUUGGCAUCGCUGAGCUCAUCCCUCUAGUCACCACCUACAUCAUCCUCUUCGCUUAUAUCUACUUCUCCACCCGUAAGAUUGACAUGGUUAAGUCCAAAUGGGGCUUGGCACUGGCCGCCGUGGUCACGGUUCUCAGCUCCCUGCUCAUGUCCGUGGGACUCUGCACCUUGUUUGGCUUGACGCCAACGCUUAACGGAGGGGAGAUCUUCCCCUAUCUAGUGGUGGUCAUCGGUUUGGAGAAUGUCCUGGUCCUCACUAAAUCUGUUGUGUCAACUCCUGUCGACCUUGAAGUCAAGCUGCGCAUUGCUCAAGGUCUAAGCAACGAGAGCUGGUCCAUUAUGAAGAACAUGGCCACUGAACUAGGCAUCAUCCUCAUUGGAUACUUUACAUUAGUACCAGCAAUUCAGGAGUUCUGUCUGUUUGCUGUGGUCGGUCUGGUCUCUGAUUUCUUCCUUCAGAUGUUUUUCUUCACCACUGUGCUGUCUAUUGACAUCCGCCGCAUGGAGUUAGCAGAUCUAAACCGGCGACUCCCAGCCGAAGCGGGAAUGCCGCCACCCAAACCAGGCCCUUUACGUCCACGAGAGACGCCACCUCCGCCCCGGCCUUCUCCUCACACGAUCACCCUUCAGGCUCCAGCUUUCCGGAACCUCCGCCUGCCCAAGAGGCUCCGGGUGGUUUACUUCUUAGCCCGUACUCGCCUGGCACAGCGAAUCAUCAUGGUGGGCACUGUAAUCUGGAUCGGGAUCCUUGUUUACACUGACCCUGCCGGUUUGAGGACUUUUCUUGCUGCCCAGGUGUCAGAGCAGAGCCCUCUUGGGGAGGCGGGACUUCCCCCACACUUGGGCGUGGCUCCAGUGUUUCCUGGUGGAGAUCCAACCAGCACACUGAGCGUGCUUCCUGCCCCCGAGCCCACCCCCUUACUCGAGAACCAAUCACAGGGUCACCACCCACCUCAUCCAGGAGCCGUCCCUGUGUCAAGCCCACAGAUCACCUGGGGCCCUAAUGACGAGGAGCUGUGGAGGCGACUUUCUUUCCGCCACUGGCCCUCGCUCUUUAGCUAUUACAAUAUCACGCUUGCUAAGAGGUACAUCAGUAUUCUCCCAGUCAUCCCUGUUACAUUGCAUCUCAGCCCACAAGAGGCCAUAGACACCCGUCACCCACAGGAUACACACCACGCUCCUCCCCCAAGCAUCAAGACCUCUGAUCUGCAGACAGACCUCACACUUUACAAGGUAGCGGCUCUCGGACUUUUCGCCGGUGUUGUAUUGGUGCUUCUGCUUUUCUGUCUGUACCGAGUGCUCUGUCCUCGAAACUACGGACAGAACGGUGUAUCCCACGGUCGGCGUCGCCGCGGAGAACUUCCCUGCGACGAGUACGGCUACUCGCCGCCGAUCAGCGAAAUCUCUCCUCUGCUGCUGAGAGGUCACAGCAUGGACAUUGAGUGUCUGGCCAGCGAUGGCAUGCUGCUGGCCAGCUGUUGUCUCGCAGGACAAAUCCGUGUUUGGGAUGCGCAGACGGGGGAUUGUCUUACUGUCAUCCCUAAUAAGGGUCUGCGAAGAAGCAGCAGCAGUGGUUGCUGGGAGCAUCGUAAUGGCUGGGAUCACAUUAGCGCUUGUGAGGCAGACAGCCUCAUGGGGGCGGAGUUUCGGGAGGUAGGGUGUGGGACUGUGGGGGGGCCAGAUGUAGAUAUUUUUCCAAUAAGAAGGAGGACCACUCCUACACGCCCUGCCCUGUUUGGGGACCAGCCGGACCUUACCCCGCUCAUCGACACCAACUUCGGAGGCUUGCCCCCAUCUCAGUCCACGAGGAGCUCCGGCUUUGACUUCGGAGGAUUGGUGGAGAAGGCCUACGAAGAGCACGAGACCUCGCCCCCACUGGCCUUCCCCCCUUCUCCUCCAGCUUCACAGCAAAGGCGACGUAGCCUCGGAGAUCAACCCGGCCCGCUGCCAGAGCUCCCGACGCAGGGCGGUGGGGACUGGGACAGCUCGGUAUGGGCCAUGGAGCUGAGGGGAAACCUCAUUGCCACAGGCCGGAGCAGCGGCAAACUGGAGCUGUGGGAUGCAGUAGAGGGAUCAUUAAAAUGCUGUAAUGAAGAUGGUGUAUCCGGUAUCACUGCAUUAGCUUUUCACAACAACAGAAUUGUGACAGCGCGUUUAGAUGGCUCAUUAGACUUCUUCACUGUUGAGAUCAAUAAGCCUCUUGGCUUGCUGCAGUAUCGUGGACCCCCGGGUCGGGGCAGCCUUCCCCCCUCCCCCUGUUAUAGCAGUGAAGAUGUGAUCAGCUGUCAGCUGACACGCUCGGUCCAGUGUGCCCACCAGAAACCUAUCACUGUGCUCAAAGCUGCUGCUGGUAGGGUGGUUACCGGCAGCCAGGACCAUACAGUCAGGGUGUACCGUUUAGAGGACUCUUGCUGUCUCUUCACCCUGCAGGGCCAUUCGGGUGGCAUUACUGCCAUCUACAUAGACCAGACCAUGGUUCUUGCCAGCGGGGGCCAAGACGGAGCCAUCUGCGUGUGGGAUGUCUUAACAGGAAGUCGUGUGAGCCACGUAUACGGUCACCGUGGUGAUGUCACCUCACUGGUUUGCACAACUUCCUGUAUCAUAAGCAGCGGGUUAGAUGACCUCAUUUGCGUUUGGGACCGUAGCACAAGCAUAAAGCUGUACUCCAUACAACAGGAGGUGGGAUGUGGGGCCAGUCUGGGGGUAAUCUCUGAAAGUUUGCUGGUGACGGGAGGUCAAGGAUGUGUGUCAUUUUGGGACCUGAACUACGGGGACCUUCUGCAGACCGUGUACCUGGGCCAGAGCAGUGAGGGGCAGAGCGUCAGACAGCUUUUGGUUCUGGACAACGCCGCUAUAGUCUGCGACUUUGGUAGCGAGCUCAGCCUGGUCUACGUACCCUCAGUUCUGGAGAAGUUGGAUUGAAAUGCACCCGUUAACCUGCAUCACAGCAGGUUCAUUGUAAGCAUUUUAAUGCCCAGUGGCCUUCAGAUAGGAAGGGAGGAGUUACCGCUGAGGUCUUCGGCUUCUGGAUGUUGUUCUUCUGGAGCUUUUUUUGGACAUCAUGCAGAAUGUUCUGUACGGUUUAUUUUCACACGAAGGUGGCACCAUAGCUGCUGACCGGGAGAGGUGGCUCACUCGACCUGCCUUAAGAUGUCUGUUUGUGUGCAAGUUAUUGCAAGCAAUGCUUCGCUGCCUGACACCAUAACCGUGUGAUUGCUACACAUAAAGUGUUGAAGGCUGAAUGGAGAAGAGAACGGAGAGAACUAAAUGCUUAAGACUGGUAAACACAGCUGAAAGAAAUUGAGUGCUAUUUUGGUGUUUGUUCAAAGGAGUUUUGUGCUUCUUUGAGUGCUUGUGUUGUUUAAAAGCAGACAUUUGAAUCUUUGGGGUGAGGACGGUGGGUUGUCAGUUUUAAUGUUUAAGUCAAUUAUUUAUUAGUAAAGACUUUUCUAACAGUUUGUAUAAAACUCGGCUGAUGAUUAAGUUAAGAUGGAGAUAUAAAUAUUAAUUUAAUUUAAAAGUAAAAAUGACUACCUUAUAGGGACACUUUUUUUGGAAAUAUUCUCAUUUUCCAGCUUCCCUAGAGUAGUGUUUCCCAAUCCUGGUCCUCGAGAACCCCCUCCCAGAAUGUUUUAGAUGUUUCCUUAUUUACCACACCUGAUUUAACUCAUCAGCUUGUUAGGGAGACAUGUUUACCAUUUUGGAAGGAGGCUGAUAAGUUGAAUCAGGUGGUUAAAAUAAGGAGAUAUAUCUUAAACUUUCUGGGAGGGGGCCCUCGAGGACCAGGAUUGGGAAGCACUGCCCUAGAGUUAACGUUAUGCCGUUUUGGAAUCCAUUCAGCCAAU